AUGUCCGCCUGCAUGAGAUUCACGCGCCGUGUAAGUCCGCUCACGUUGCUUCAGGGAAGUAACAGUUCUCAUCCGGCAGACCAGCGGUGCUUUCCAAAUGGGCAGUAUAUGACAGGUGUCUCGGUUGAUAUCGGUACAUCCUUUGUCAAGCCGGCUGGGCGUGUCGGAGAGGAGCUCACCGCCACGGCUGUGGCUAACCUGGAUGCGACUGUAGGCAAAUCGCUUGCGUACACCCGUGUAGACUUCUACAAUGUGCAGGGUCAGCUUGCGGCCUACGGGCAUCACACGAAAUAUGUUGGCAAGUCGGCAGGGCAUAAGAAUGACGUCAAAUUCUCCGAUGAUGGCGAGACGGUAGUAGAAGGCAAGGACGUCGAUUAG